CGUCGUCGAAAGUUCUCAGGUCAUCGAGGCGAAUCUCAUACGUAGAAACGACGUGAGAUAUCUACAAGACUAAAGUCAAACACUAUCAGCUACGGUGAAACUUGAAGUUGCUCGUUUGGCACUCAACGGAAGAAGCAACGGCUGAGAAAAUGUGUUACACCUGAGCUGCACAGCGGUAUCAUUCAAAACGCCGACACUCUCGAAGUACCACUGAAUAUGCCAUACAUCCGGUUCCAGCGUUGAAAACAUUCAGUAUCACGUUUCAGGUACGGUUACGAGUGGCUUUGUACAAACGCACAUCAAUACUUGUCGUAGACUCCAACCGCAGAAACGCUGGACGGCGGCGGUGCUUAGGUUAACUGUAAAUCGAAUGAUAUCCGCUGUUUCUACUUUCAUAUUCGCGCAAAUAGCAUGAAGUGGAUUUUUCCUUGCAUACCAAAUGCGACCGGACGGAAACUGUUCGUCAUACCACUGUCCCAAGUACCAAGAGGAGCCUAUUAAACAGGCGCUCUGCGGCAGUCAACACACGGGGGAACCAGAAUCCAGACGGCUCACGGUCAAGAGGACAGAAGGGGAGCAAAUGAAGGUAUUCACCUAGGCUUUACCCGGGCUUUGAUUCAGCGGCAUUUCUUAACUCAACGGGAUGCCAGUGAAUGUCUCAUUCUUGCGUUGCGGAUGAGGGCCGCUGAGAGACUCUCAGCUCAGCGGCAGGCCUGCGUGGAUUAUAACAGAGCCACAGUGACGGGACAAAGACCAAGGAGGAAAACCAAGUGUGAAACACGCAAGAACACAAGUAGAGAGGAAUAGUAAGGGGGCGAGGAGCGCCGAUCAUGACGAGAGAAGGCAGAAGGCGGCAUUCGUUGCACAGGCGAGUCUGGAGCUCUACGGGGUCGACGCACACUCGGGGGGGGAGGCUCGAGGUGACGAUACACUCGAAGCCCGUUGUCUGUACGCCUGGUUUUUGUGACACUUCUCCAGUCAAAUUGUCCUGAGAUUGAGGAACACCGCCAAUGCUCUCAAAAUCUGUCCACGUUAACCUUUGACUUGCACUCGCGAGCAACUGUCCGGCACGCGUGCUGUCGGUUCCUGGCAGGCUUCCUCGCGGCGAUCGCCGGUUCCCGACGCUUGUCUCCAACGCAACCCGGUAACCGGACAUCUGUCAUGCGCUACAGAGGAAAAAUGCACCUCUUCUUGCAGCCAGACAAUUAUUCGGAGUUCCUUUUGUCAGCCGUCUCGCCUUUUCCUUCCAUCAGCCCCGCUUCUGAAGAUUGACUUUGACGCUCGCGCCGUUUGCAUGGUUUCCACCGCGGGCAGCGUACACAGAAAGAGGCAGGCGCGUGUGCUGUUUCGCAACUUUGUUUGCCUCGUCUUCACGUCUUUCUGCGCGAAGACUCGACAUUGUAGUCUUUUUUCGUGACCGUUUGAGUGGGAAGCAGGCGGGCACCCUUUUCCUCCGCAGAGAGCGCACUCAAAAACCACCGAUACUCACGCAAGGCACAUCUAGUGCCGCCGGUCGCAGUCAAGACGACUUCCGCCUUUCUCACCGGCCGGCUCCCGUCAUUCUGCCGGAGUUGAGUUGUCUCUUGUCCCUUCUUUCGCCACCUCUCGUCUCGACUCGCUUGAGAGUGAGAAAUUCUCAGAACGGAGCUUCCCUGUGGUCCCUCUGGGGCAGCUGCAGGUCUCGCGCGGUGCUGGCCCGCCGCCUCUUUCUUGCGGUUCACACUGUCUCCGUCAGUUGUUCUGUCGGUACGCAUAUUUUCCAGACUCUACAGAACCGAGUGCCUGCAGGCGUGUCCCUUUCUUGCGUUUUGUGGGCCAGAAACGCUGUCCGGAUCCCUGCAUUUAUGGAUAAACACCCGAGACGGUGUAGGUAUGGAUCUGCGGAGGGGUCGGUAAGAUUCUUCACAGGUUCCUGUCUUCACUGUUUCCCAGAUGUCAACACACAGUCUUUCAGCGAUGCCGCCGCCACCUCCUGGUCCCCUCCAACUAGCUGCUGCCCCCCAGAGCCGCAGACGAGGCAGGCGGCCAGAGGCACGACACGCCGCGUCUCCCGCUUCACUUCCCUCUUUUGCGCUUUGUCUCCCUGUCUCUUUGCCCCACCGCGCGUACUGUCUCCGACACGUCUUCCUCGGCUGCCUCGGCCUCUUCGCUCUCUUAUGGAACUCUGGCCAGCUGGCCUCUGCCCAACUCCGCAUCCAGUCGCCUAAGCACCUCAUCGAGGAACUGAAGGGCGCCGGAGCCUUCGAGGAGCAGGCGGGAGAAACCAUUAUCGGGUCCACUGCGUCCUUCGGCACUCCUGCAUACGGAACUGUCCUCAGAGGAAAGGCAUUCUAUGUGCCCGACCCCGCGACAGAGCGCGUGGACAGCGGCAGUCACUGCACUCCAGCGUAUUGCGAGAAAAUCAAGAACGAAGUGGAUCAGUGGAAGAAAUCAGAGGCGACAGGAGGACCCAGCAAGGUUAUUUUCUUUCUGGAUCGCGGCAUUUGCACCUUCGCGACGAAAGUGAGAAUUGCACAAGCAUGUGGAGCGGAUGCAGCAGUCGUGGUCGAUCGAGGCGUCUCUGGAUGGAGUCGGUCUUAUAUUCGGUUCAAUGUGAUAAUGAGCGACGAUGGAACCGGGCAAGACAUUAAUAUUCCUAGCGUCCUCAUUUCGAGGGCAGACGGGCAAUUAAUUCUUGACGCCAUCAUCGCGGGUGCCGGCGAUGAACCUGUUCUUCUCGAAAUGGAAUGGAACAUUCCCAAUAGAUGGCCCGUCGCUGUCGAGUUCUGGACAGAUCCAGGCGAACGACAAAGCAGCGCGUUUCUGCAGCAGGUCGCGCCGCACAUGUUAGAACUCGGUCCACAUGUCCGGUUCAAGACGCUCUACUCGAUUUUCGAGAUCGAGGGGGGAAGCGGCGAACUUUGUCUCACCAAGGGUCUCUACAAACAGUUUCCGCAGGCGUACUGCGCUUUCGACCCUGCUGCGCAGUCCGUAGCCCACACUGGCAGCGAAGUCGUGGAGGAGGCGCUGCGAGAGGCUUGUCUCUAUCAGAUCACCGCAACGUCUGCGAAGGAUCUGCCUGACUCGGAGUUCUCCAAAGAGUUUUGGCAGUACCACAUGCUCAUGGCUGACCCGCAAAAAGGCUGCUUUUUCAACGGAGAAGGCCGACACGAGUGGGGGGAGAGUUGCUCCAUGCGGUUGAUGAGCGAAAUUCUGUCUUCUGGACAAAUGAAACUCUUGAAGGAAUGCAUCGAUGGGCCGCAAGGGCGCCAGCUCCUCGACGUCUCAAAAUCCAAUCGAACCUGGGGACCGAUCGCUCUCCGCGUCAACGGCGCGAGGUUUAGCGGCAAUCUGGAUGUCGAAACGGCCAUGCGGGUGAUCUGCGCCUCUACAAAGGACCCCAACACCGACCGAUACCGCGCGCCGGAAUGCGAGAAACUGAUGAUAGAAGUGCAUAAAGAGGAGGCACCGUGGCUGCGAGAUGCGCCCGACUGGCAGAACUUCUUCCUGGUUCUGCUCUUCCUGGGAAUCAUCGCUGCAUGCGCGGUCGCGCUCUACUACAGGGUGGCGAAACAGCGACUGCUUCAGGAAGUGCGGCGGGAAGUGAAUGCGGAGAUCCAGCAGCAAAUCCAACAGUAUUACGAAAUGAACGAAGAACGGGCUCCGCCCGCAAGACGCGGCCUCGAGCGACAGCCUCUUGUCGUCCCCUGAACACCCCACCUUCGCGGAGGACGCUUCGCUCCGGUGGACUCUCGGGUGUCUAUACACUCGCGCUCUGUACGGCCUGUCAGGUGUAUGUACACCCGAGACUUGUACGCCAGGGUGUCCUCUGAGUAUACAGGUGUUUGCGGGUGUAUGCGUUGUGCUGUGGACCUUCACAGGCGCACAAACACGGCUCUGGUUUCUUUCCGUUGUUUUGGGUUGUCUGGCAGUGGCCUAUGUAAAAAAACGCAUAUAAACAUGCUGCCGCACCCGGAACGUAGAGAGAGACACGCAGGUUCAUACCUACGUCUGCAAAUGCAGAUAUAUAGACUCUCUCGCGUGUCUAUAUAUGUACAUCUUGAAUCGGCAUCUGUCCCUCUGACGCAGUGUGAAGAUGGCUUUACAAAUGCAGAAAGCAACAAUCUAUGCAUGGAGAGGCUGCGGGCGGGAGAGGGGAAACGAAGCAACACAUGGGAGACACAGUACGAGAGGGUGACUGCACCGUCGCCGUCGUGACUUCUUUAGAGAGAACAGAGGGAGAGGAGAAUGCUGGACAACAUGCGAAGAAGCCGGAUGGGGUUCGCAGGGCGCCGAGAUCCCAGAGCGAGACUGGACAGAAUCCCGCGAAAGGAAGGACAAAAGUGAAACGCAAGUGAAGAACGACAGACGAACGGUCCGCGCAGAAAGCUCAGAAGCAGCAACGGGCAGGAAUGGCGAAGACGAAUGAUAACGUUACCGUUCGGUUACGUCCAAACUGCCGGGAUUUUUCUCGUUCGUUUGGCCUGCCUCGGCCUCCGCAAGGACCGGGGAGGAUCAAACCGGACAAGACACUCAGGAGCGUUCUCCUCCUUGCGGGCCUGAGACGUCUCACCUCUUCACCUUGUGUCUGCUGUGCGGUGUAUGUAGACUGAGAUUCCCUCAAGCGGUGGAUUUUUUUCUUCUUUUUCUGCGUCGCAAAUCCAGUCUGCGGAAGCGCGUUCACACGCAGUGCUGAUCAGGCCAUGAAGAGGGGCAAGGCCUGCUUCGCGGCAUCAGGGGACCGUUUUCUUGUUGGAGGUCAGACAUCUUGUGUCUUGACCAUUCCCGAUUUCCGGUCUGUCCAGACGCUACCAAGGAUUAACAGCCACAUGUGACGCCGGCCACUCCAAACGAAUAUCCGCGAUCAUCGCGUGCACACACCCAUGUCUACUUUUGUGUAUCCAUAUAUCUGUAUGUACAUAUAUAUAUAUAUAUAUAUAUAUAUAUAUAUAUAUAUGCACUUUGGAGGUUUUUUUCUCACUGCUCUGUUCGGCUGCUUGUGCAAGGCCACUCACCUUGUCCCCCAUUGUGAAGAUGCGGCUGAUCUUUUUUUCCAGUUCGGUGGAUUUACCAUUCGUGUUCACAUGUGGGUUCCCUCGGCUGACGGCUCCGUUUCAAAACGCGCAACUCGGACCUUCGCACCUUCCCUUUUUUAUGAUGCAUGCAGUUAAAGGACGCAACCGAAUCUCUUUGAAUGCGUUCCGGCUUCACAGCGCCCAAAUAUCGCAGUCACCCCGCCUCGCCCUCACAGGGCAC